CCGUAAUUACGGUCCUAUACAUUCAGAAGAGUUUGUAGUGUGAGGACGCCCAGAAAGGUCGUUCUUCGUCUUCUGCUUUCCGAAAAGAGGAAAUGAUUUGCAUCUUCACGGUCGUUUUGGAGGGGGAUGGACACGCGCCACGAAGGUAACGACGGUGCAGCGAGCGUACGCGUGCGAGCGAGCGAAAACGGCAGUCGAGGCAGCGGGAAGAUGCAACUUAGGAGACGGACGGUAGAGGGGGAAGUGAGGAGGAUGACGGGUAUGCGACGACGGAGGGAGACGCAGGCGGCAACUGAGGAAGGAGGCGCGAGUUUUGCCGUUGGUGGCGGCGGCGGCGGCAUUGACUGCGCCAUGGCUGCUCCCUGGCUGUUGGUUGUGCUGUCUUCAGCGUGGUUUUUCCUGCUUGUGCAGGGAGGAGGUCUGAACCCUGCGAUCGAAUGGAAUAGCCCCAAGGAUCUAACGGCGGAGUUUCUGGCGCACAACACUAAACCUAUCAUGACGAUCAUUCACAAGAGGUGGUGCGGAGCCUGCCGGCACCUGAAAGAGGAAUUAUCCAAGGACGAGGCUGACGAUUUUGUGAAGCUGAGCGAGGAGUGGGUUAUGGUUGACGGCGGGGACGACGACGAGCCGAAGGCAGAUGAAUAUGCCCCGGAUGGUGGCUACAUUCCGCGCAUUAUUUUCUCGGAAGCUAAUGGGAAAGUUCGCAAUGACAUCGUUUGUCAGGUGGGCGGCAAUCCAUCCUACAAGUACUUUUACCAUAGUCUCCAUCAGGUCACGGAAACGAUGAAGUACGCGCGGAACGUGCUGUCGCCACCUCAGCCAUCGCCAACGCCGCUGGGCGACGACGGAGACGACGAUGAGAAGACGGAGGAAGAAAGUGCUAAAGAUGCACCACCUGGUGAUGACGAUUCUGUUAAAGUAGAGCUGUGAAGCGGCAGAGAUGUAUGUAUGUAUGUAUGUGUGUGUGUGUGUGUGUGUGUGUGUGUGUGUGUGUGUGUGUGUGUGUGUUGUCAUGUUCGCUAGGGACAACUCCACACGAAACGCGUGACUGGGCCAGACAGCUUCUUGUCGGAUUUUUUGCCGACUCGUCAGGAGUCCGAACCCCGACAGACAGUCUGCCCAGGAUGUGUGUGUGUGUGUGUGUGUGUGUGUGUGUGUGUGUGUGUGUGUGUGAUAUGACUUCCAACUUGUUGAUGCCGAAACGAAGGUGUUGUUCGAUUUACACGGAUGGAUAAUGAUGAUGGAGAGUUCAUCCCGAGGUGAUGUGGGUGACGGUUGUAUUUGUUUCUUCAUACCUUUUUUUUUUCCGUUUAUUUCGUAUUCCAGAGCAGUACGGUAGAUAGAGAUUACGUCUACGAAGCAGAUACACAUUUCGAUUUCCGUUUUCCUCCCCGCGUUUUUUUCGCUUUCCGAAGUGGAACGAAAUCGAUGAAUGUUUUUUUUGUGAAAAACCCUUUUUUCCAUCGUCCUCGUUCUUAUCCAUCAUCGAGAUCUUCGUUGAUGUUGUCGGGAUCGCAAUGUCGGUUCCUUUGUAUCAACGAAAGAAGUUAUGUUUAUUCUUCUUUUUAAACCACCACUACCUUUCCCAUAUGUCGGCCGCGGGCACCUAGUAGCCUACUCCUGAAAAAUAGUUGCCACGCCGCCAUCGAUAUUUUUCAUCGACGGCGCGUGGCGGCCGAAUUUGAAUUUCAGGCCCGCGGCCCCACAUAUGAGAAAGGUAGUGGUGGUUUAAGUCUUCGUCGAGCGGAUAUGUUUUUCUCGAAGACUCGUCGGGAUCGCAGUGCCGCUGUGCCAAUGCUGCCACUUUGUAUACUUCGAGAUGGUCUGAUAUGAUAAGCAGGAUUCGCCUUGUUCUCCCUCUCCCCCCCCUCUUCUUCCUCCUCCCCUUCUUCCCCCUCUUCUUCCUUCUUCCCUUCUUCCUCCUCCCCUUCUUCCUCCUCCUUCUUCCUUCUUCUUUCUCGUAACGAAUGCAUUACGAGACAGGUACUAAAGUCAACUGUGACCCUGCUUGCCGGUAUUCUUGUUCUUCUCGGUCUCCUCUUUUUCCUCCGUCCUCUUCUUCCUGCCGUUCAUGUACUUCCGCUGCGCUUCGUUGUAUUUCUCGACAUUGCCGCCAUCGCUGCCACCGUCUUCAACGACAGGUAGCGUGUUGGAGAUUGAUUGACCAACUGGUAAUUAGUUGGUCUGAUCCUUUUCGCGACUGGAGCGAUUUCAAUUCCUUCGUGUCUUUUCCGUCUCUCCGCUAACCCCAUCUUGAUUCUUCUGUCAUCCCUCCUUCACCAUUGGGCACAGCCGCCUCUGCUGCGAUGACGUUUCUUGAACUUCGUUGUUCAGCUCUCUGACCUCUCUCUCUCUCUCUCUCUCUCUCUCUCUCUCUCUCUCUCUCUCUCUCUCUCUCUCUCUCUCUUUUUGGGCUUACUCUUGGUGAUGGACGUGGGACCGUGGUGAUGGACGUGAUAAGCAAUCAAUCCUUGGAAGCAUUGCGACAUCACCAAUGUCAGAAAUGAACGUACGUGAUCGGGAAAACGGCCAGAUGCGUCGGAGAAUGGCCCUGUCUUUUUUUCCACUACAUUCUAUAGAGGCCCUUGCUCUUUUUGACUCUAUCAAAAUUUUUGCCACUACUUUUUUGAACUUUCAGAAUUUUUCGAUCUUUUCAUUUUGGAAGUCUUCGAGUUGGUGGUUCUUGACACCACAACUACGGGGACCUUGUCCAUAUGCGCCACAUGUAUUGGUUUGGGCAUCACGUGGGUCAAAGAAAAAUGGGUUGUGUUUUGUGGAUCUCGUUUGGCCACAUGCUGCAACAUGCAUGAUAGGUCGCUCCCUUCCUGUACGCCUUGUGUGAAAUCAUUGUCAGUCCGCAAGGUGUGUCGUUCGAGAGUGGACAAGGUCUAUUGCACGACCACACGGAUCUUUUAGUAAUCGACCAAAAGACCAUGCGUCCCUCGUGACAGAAACAGUAACACGAGUUCUGCUCGUUCAACAAUCAUUUUCGCAAUCUGAGGUGGAACUUCUGCCGUUGAAAUUGCGUGAGGCUAUCGCGAAGGAGCCUGCAGUCGGGUUACUUGUUGGUUUAUGUUGAAUUGAGAUGAAGAUGCUUAACUUUAAUGCAACACCUGACUCUGAAGUGGGAAAUGACGUUGAUGUUGAGGCCAUAAAACGUGCUUUCAACAAUCCUCUUAUACCAGAGCGACGAAGAGUAUCGUGUAUGCCAGGACUCCUGUUUGGUUGUGGUGAGUACGAAAGUCGUCAUCAUAGUAACGAGAAUAAUGAUUAUGGCUAACCAAGCUAUGCUGACAAUGACGAUGACAUCAUCAAAGUUCAAGGCAAGGAAGAAAACAUCAUUCCUGAGUACGGUGCGCCAGACGGCAUGUACACAAGCUGAUCGUCGUCGUGCGGUGUACUCAACGGAGAACAGAGGAAACACAGUUGCGAAAUUAAUAAAAAAGUCUUAAGGAGGAUAACGAUUGCGGAUAUGGAUCAAUCAUCUCAAAGCAACUGUUGUCGGCAAUGUUGUGUCCAAUUUUUUUUUAAGAGACGAGUUAUUUCGUGAGCUCGCACAUUUUGGUAUAUGAAGCAACCCGAUCACGUCAAGUAGCUUCUUCAGAAGACGAGGAGAGUAUCUUUCCUUAAAGAAGAUGUAUCUCUCGAGAAGCUACUCAUGGUAUUCUCUCGUAGAUGUGUCUGUUCGGUAGCUUGGGGUCUUUUGACCGGUGUCGGGACCUGUGGUUCCCGAAUCAAGUCCUGACCCUUGAGAGAUGAUAUCAGGAAAGUCUAACAGGGUGAGGCCCUACAACGGUCUUUCAAGGACACGAGUGGUUUUGAUACGGCAUAAACUAAGGGAUGCCAUCAUAACUUAUGAGCAUGGCAAUAGAAGCUCUAUGAGUUUUGACUUUGACUUCAUUGAUUGCUUUGUCAUGGAUGAAAAUGUAUUUCAAAUGCAAUAUUGAGUGUCUGUCCAAUCAAUAGUGACAGGUUUCACCUGUGCAAUGCAUUGACUAAGAAAGUUGUUUAUGAGGUCUUUUGUGCGCCAUGUCGGAUUUGUUUUCGAGAUCAACAACUUCCUUUGGUUCCGGCGUUUUGAAGAUCUGGAAGAUAGAAUGUCCGAAGGUCUGCAUUCAACAAACAAAAGUUUAUCCG